UUUCGUAUGAGUGUUUCUACGAAUGAAAAUGCAGUUAGUCAAUUCGCGUUAUUUUAGCAAAACACUAUUGAGCAAAUAGCUGCUUUUACUCAAUCGAGUCACUGCAAUUUAUAGUAUCCCAUUUUCAAUAUAUACAUUGACUCUGUGAAGAUAACGAAAAAAUUUACCUGCCAUUAUCGAGUCUGCUUGUUAGAUGUAAAUUGUCUCUGUGAUUAGCAUUGUUGUUGUUGUUGUUGUUGCGUGCCGGGGUAGGAAGCGUAGCCUGGCACCUUCGCGGAUAUGGAAGGCCUCACCCUUCGGUUACUUAAACAAGAUGAGCUUGCAUUGAUCCCUAGCUUUUGGAAGGAGUCUGUUGGCGUUCCAGUGGAGCUGAGGUUUAUUAAAAGAUGGUACCAACUGGAUCCGGAAGGGUUCCGAGUGGCAGUGGAUAGCAAAAACCGUAUUCUCGGUAUGGCGACCGUGGUGCGUCAAAGUGACACCCUUUACGUGAUGGGCUACAUGGGUGUGGAUAAAGAUUACCGUGGCAAAGGUAUAGCAAAGCAGCUGCUCGAAAAUCUGGUAGCUCGUAAACCUGGAGCCAACUACGCUCUAAACGCGAGCGCUGACAAGCUUGGCAUCUACCUUCGUCGAGGAUUCAAAGUCGCUGAGGACAGUUAUGGCUAUGCAUAUGUAGGGAAGUUUACGGUAGAGCCUGAGAAGAAAUCACCACCAGGCGGUUUAGAGCUUAUUCAAAUUAAGAUGGGAAGCUCGCAUCUCGCUGACUUGGUGGCUUAUGACAAAGAGGUUGCUGGAUUUCAGCGGAACGUCGAGCUGCUCCAACUAAGUGAUCCCACUGCAAUCGUUCUAGCUGUCAAGCAGAAGGGAAAGAUCGUGGCAUAUGGGAAGAUCCAGCACUAUCUUCUUGGUGGUGCCUGGCUAGGGCCGCUGUAUGCUGAUGAUGUGGACAUAGCAAAGUACCUUGUGGAAGCCCUAAUGCGACACUUUGAGAGCCAAAGAUGUGUCUUUCUAUUUACAAUACUUAGUGAACAAGCCCGCCCGAUCGCCCAGGCACUUAACAUGAUGCUUGCUGAUAAGAUCUCAAGAUGCUAUAUGAAGCUAGAGGCUGAAUAUCUUCCAGCGCAUAAACUGCAAAAAGUAUACUCAUUUGAUGAUCCUGGCUUUGCGUUUUUAUAAAUCACUUGAAAAUACAAAAUCAGAUCCAAAAGGGUUCCCCAAAAUUCUGCUUAUAAAACUGAUGCGAGCAGUCAGUGUUAAAUAAAAUUAAUAGCUUAUGA